CUCGAAGCUGCCGGCCCUCCGGUCUUUUCCCUAUGCCUCAUGCCUUUCUGCCGUUCCUGUCCACUCGCCAUGGCCUAUCUUCAACAUUCCAGCUCUGCCUACACGCCUCGGAUGCCUCCCACACGUGGCCCAGGUGUUUCCAGCUUCCCUCCUACUUGCCGUGGGUCUUAUCUCCAGACAUUGUCCCGCCCACACGCCGUACGCCCUUCCUCCACACGUUGUUCCGCCCACAUGCCGUGCUCCUUACGUCCAAACGUUGCGACGCUCUACAACGCUGCCGGCUGCAAGCUGGGACACGGUAUCCCGCGCGCCGCGGGUCCUGUGUGUUGUCUCUCAGGUCACGUCCGGUGCGCGGCAUGUCGGGUCUGACCGGCCGGCUGUGGAGUCCCCACGCAGGGCUCUGGGCGUUGCUCCGCACCUGCAAUGCCGCGCUGCUUCCAGGCCGCGCGCGGGACCUGCACGGCUCUUCAGUCUCUUGUGGCAGCAAGAACCUGCUCAAGAAAUUUGCCUCGAAAUCCAAAAAAAAAUUUUGGUAUGACGGUCCUUCCUUGGGGUCUCACUUGACUUACACACCAUCACCAUCAAAGUUCGAAUUCCUGAUGAAGAAUACUUCAAAGAAAGCCAGGAAGGAAGACCAAGUGCGCCUGAGGACUCUGAAUGGCCUCCUCCACAAAGCGCUCACUGACCUGCUAUGCACCCCUGAAGUGAGUCAGGAGGUCUACGACCUGAGAGUGGAGCUCUCCAAGGUCUCCCUGACUUCAGACUUCUCAGCUUGCCGCGUGUACUGGAAGACAACUCUCUCCGCUGAGCAGAACUCACAAACACAGGCCACCCUACAGAGAAGCGCUGCACACAUGAGGCACCUUCUGAUGUCCCAGCAGACACUGAAGAACAUGCCCCCAAUAGUGUUUGUUCAAGACAAGGAAAAUGCAGCCCAGGUGGAAAUUGACCACUUAUUGGCCAUAGCUGACUUUGGACCCCAGGAGGGAGAACAUUUUGUACAAAACGACUUCAGGGACCCUGAUGCUCCACCACUGUGUGGCACUGCGGAGCCUGCUGCUCAGUCCAGUCUGUAUGGGAUCGAUCAUGAGGCGCUCAACAAGCAGAUUGCAGAGUACAAGAGGAGAAAGGAGAGCAGGCAGUGGCACACAGCUGGGCCUGGGACAGUGGCUGAGCUGGCAAAGCAGAUGAUAAAGAAGAAGGCCAAGCCCCGUGGAGACCAGGACAGCUCCCUUAGGAGUUACCUGGCAGGUGGGGACGACCUGGACGAUGCCCCAGGCUACAAGUGCCACCUUCACGACUCAGAAGAGUGGGAGGCAGAGAGAGGAGGUAGCACAGAUCAGGGCCGCUGCUGGGGAGCCCGGGAAGAGUAGACCACACAGCACCACCUCUGACUGCCAUGGCUACAGAAUGUGGACUCUGCCCAAAUGUGUUAGAGAGGGUCCACCAGCAGGAGGCACAGCGUACAACCAGGGAGGCCACUGGUGGUGUCAUCUGCUCUGUGCUUCAAUGUUUCCAGGCUUUUCCAUGUAUCUAAACAUGGUUUCCUGUAGGAAAGUCACUGGUGGUUAAAUUAAAAAAAUUAACAGCUGGCUCUGCACC